UAGAUCUUUAAAAAAUAACUCCCCGUGGAGCAAAUGGACAUCACCCACCGUAGCAGACCACAUGGAGCCAAAGACUGACAGCUCGUCCCCGUCCACAAUGGACAGCCCUCCCAUCAGCAGGACUGUGGAAACUGUCAGCCAGGAGAUAAACUCACCUGACUCUGAGUCCAAGAAGGGCUUCGUGUUCGUCAAGGAGUACGUCAACGCGUCGGCCGUGUCCCUGCAGAACACGGGACUCCCUUUCAAUGAGCAACUCUCGUCCGACUACGUGUACUCGACUUCGUCCAGCUACUCGUACAGCAGCCCUUCCACUUACUCUGGGAACAUGAGCGCCUGCACAUACUGCGGGAAGGCGGUGGGAAGCGAAAACAAGAUCACCAUCGAGCAUCUCAACAUCUUGUGCCAUCCGACCUGCUUCAAGUGUGGCGUGUGCAGCAAGCCCAUGGGAGACCUGCUAUACAGCAUGUUCUUGCACAAGGGGGUGGUCCACUGCGAGAGCUGCUACUCCAAUGCCCUUUAGGAAAUAAAACAGAGGCCAUGAUGGACAGUGAUGUGACUCUGGACCCUUUCCAGCUCAAAGACUGGGGGGGGAAAUUACAUAUUUUAAUGCACCAAAAUGCCUUAUUAUCAUGAUGCCUUAUUUUUGUCAAUUAAAGUGAUAAAUGUGAAUUUGAUAAUGGGCCAGGAACAACUUUGGCAGAAAUUCCAAGGUGUGAGCUUCUCCAGAACUUUUGGGUGAGACUGAUGAUGUAUCACAUUAAAAAAAAAAAAA